AAAAACUGAUUUUUAAAAAGAAAAAGCAAUUGUAUACCCAACAUAAACAGUACUAACUUUUAAAUAUGCAAAUAAACAUAAAAAUAACACAUGCUAUUCUGUUGUUUCGAAAGAGAAUAAAAAUAUUUCAAUGGCAGUCUUUUCAAGAGCGAUUUGUGAAAUGAAUUUGUUUUGUGUCUGGACUUUACAGGAAGUUCCCUUGCUUGAACUUGGCUUGGAGGUUUGACUGAGUAAGUUGUUCCUUGACUUUUGAAUUAUUCAUCUUGGCUGCAUGAUACGCAAAUCACACUGCUCUCACUAUGUCUAGAGGCACAGCACUGGGUCAGAAGCUGCAUCAAGUUGCUGGCAAAGAAUUUCUGUCAAGGGAUUAGGACUUUCCAACAGAACGUGGACAACUCAAAAACAGAAGAAUCCAUGGCUUCAACUUGGCUGAGUGUUAGCUAUUGGUUAUAAUUCAAUCUAAUUUAACUCAGCAGAACUUGUCAGACAACUACAGUGUGCUGGAGAACAUGGCAUGGAAUGCAUCUUGCGAAAACUGGCUGGCAGCAGAGGCUGCCCUAGGAAAGUACUACCUUUCCAUUUUUUAUGGGAUUGAGUUUGUUGUGGGAGUCCUUGGGAAUAGCCUUGUGGUUUUCGGCUACCUCUUCUGUCUGAAGAACUGGAAUAGCAGUAACAUCUAUCUCUUUAACCUCUCUAUCUCUGACUUCGCUUUUCUGUGCACACUGCCCAUGCUGAUCAAAAGUUAUGCCAUUGAAAACUGGACAUAUGGAGAUGUGCUCUGCACCAGCAACCGGUACAUGCUUCAUGCCAACCUCUACACCAGCAUCCUCUUCCUCACUUUCGUCAGCAUUGAUCGCUACCUGCUCAUGAAUUACCCUUUCCGAGAACACCUUCUGCAAAAGAAAGAGUUUGCUGUUUUAAUCUCUUUGGCCAUUUGGGUUCUGGUGACCUUAGAGCUCGUGCCCAUGGUUCUCUUUAUCAAUCCCGUUACAGGUGGCAAUAAAACCAGAUGUAGGGAUUAUGCAAGUUCUGGGGAUGCCAAGGCCAGCUUCAUUUACAGCAUGUGCCUUACCUUCUUGGGGUUCCUCAUUCCUCUUUUUGUGAUGUGCUUCUUUUAUUUCAAGAUCGCUGUCUUCCUAAAGCAGAGAGCCAAGGCACAGGCUACCACGCUGCCCUUUGAAAAGCCCCUCAACUUAGUCAUAUUGGCCGUGGUGAUUUUCUCUGUGCUUUUCACUCCCUACCACGUCAUGCGGAACCUGAGGAUCUUUUCACGGCUGUGGGACGAGAAGGAGGCCGAAUGCCCCAGGGCCAUCAUCCACUCCUUAUACAUUGUGACCAGGCCCUUGGCCUUCCUGAACAGUGUCAUCAACCCCGUCUUCUAUUUCCUUGUGGGGGAUCACUUCAGGGAGAUGCUGACGAAUAAGCUGAGGCACCACUUUCAAUCCCUUAUGUGCUUUAGGAGAUGUGCUAAUGGACUCAUGUUUUCAUUCAGAAAAGAGUGAGGUGCCUGUGGAACAGAACAUCUUAUACACGCAGUUGUGGGCCAGUUAGAGUUUGAUGGACUCGGACAUAAACCAGAGCGGGUCACAGAUCCGCCCCUGAUUUUAAGACGUGGUGUACUCAGAGUACAUAAAAAAGAAGAGGAUGAGAAGAAUUUAUUUGUUUGUCCACUUACAAAUUGAAAGAAGUCGGACAAGCAGGAAUAUCUGGGCAUAUACAUUCAAAAUCCUAGAUGUUAUAAUACCUCAAUCAGUGUGAGAAGAAUAGAAGCUAGAUAGAGUAGCAAGUUUGCAUUUGAUCUUCGGUUGGACUGUAAAAUAAAAUUGUUUUGGCAAAAUU